AUGAAUAGAUACACAACAAUCAAGCAACUUGGGGAUGGAACCUAUGGUUCCGUCCUACUGGGACGAAGCAUCGAGUCUGGGGAACUGAUUGCCAUUAAAAAAAUGAAAAGAAAGUUUUAUUCCUGGGAGGAAUGCAUGAACCUUCGGGAGGUUAAGUCUUUAAAGAAGCUCAACCAUGCCAAUGUAGUAAAAUUAAAAGAAGUUAUCAGGGAAAAUGAUCAUCUUUAUUUUAUCUUCGAGUACAUGAAGGAAAAUCUUAAUCUUUACCAGCUCAUUAAAGAAAGAAAUAAGUUGUUCCCUGAAUCUGCUAUAAGGAAUAUCAUGUAUCAGAUAUUACAAGGACUUGCAUUUAUUCACAAACACGGCUUCUUCCAUCGGGACUUAAAGCCUGAGAACCUCCUCUGCGUGGGCCCAGAACUUGUGAAAAUUGCAGACUUUGGGUUGGCCCGAGAAAUCCGAUCGAGACCCCCAUACACAGACUAUGUAUCUACCAGAUGGUACAGGGCCCCAGAAGUGCUCCUGAGAUCUACCAACUACAGCUCCCCCAUUGACAUCUGGGCGGUGGGCUGCAUCAUGGCAGAAGUGUACACCCUCAAGCCACUCUUUCCGGGGGCCAGUGAAAUUGACACCAUCUUCAAAAUUUGCCAGCUGUUGGGGACACCCAAAAAGGUGAUGAUACGGAACAAAAGCCUAUGGGCUAAAACCAGCAGCUUACCCCACUACCUUUCCUGUACCCUGUGCCCCCCUGGCCCUGGGCAUCACCAGCUCAUCCUGCAGUCUUUCUCUUCACCUUGGUGA